AUUAGAUACGACGGCUGGGGGGAUAACAGAUUACGAGCUUAGCCUCGCUUAAGUUUCGGCCACACGGCAACACUUCAGUCACCUGCCUAUUGUGGUACUAGACGGGUGUGAAUGCAGUGCUGGUAUUAACAUUUUGCCACAGGACAGAGAGUCGCAGACAUCCUAGCGAAAUGGACAAGCCAAGACUGUUCAGUCACGACGGCGCGCCCUACACGGCGGUGGCAGAAGCCCAGAUCGCCGAGCUGUGGUCCAUCCUCAGCUGGCCCGAGGACCCACUGCCGGUGCUCGACGUCGGCUGCGGACCCGGCGACGUCACUAAGAAGGUCAUAGUUCCACGGCUGACCCCUGGCACGAAGAUGGUGGCCUGCGACGUCAGCCAAGAGAUGCUGGAGUUCUGCAGGCAGCACAACGCGCUUCCCGGCACCAUCACGUACGAGCCUUUCGACGCGAUGGAUCCUCACGUGGAGAGCUCCGCCGUUUGGAAGUACGCUCCCUACGGCAAAGUAUUCGCCGUGAUGCUCUUGCACUGGAUUCCUGACAACAGGCGUGCUGUGCAGAAUAUGCACAAACUCCUGGCGCCAGGCGGAGAAGCUGUGUUUACAAUAAUAGCUAACAUGCCGCUAUUCGCUGCAUACGAAGAAAUGGUGAAAGAUCCACGCUGGACCCAAUAUAUGGAGCGGGACCUACAUAAGUUCAUAUCACCGUACCAGCACUGCGAGGACCCAGUCAGCGUGUUCUGUCAGCUGCUGAAGAGUGAGGGGUUCCAGGUUCUGCGCUGUGACGUGCGUCCGCAGAAGUUUGUCUUCCCAUCCGAACUGCAGCGCAGAGAUGCUCUAAAAUCAGUUAGUGCCUUCCUGAACCGCAUACCGGAAGAGCAAAAGGAGGAAUUUAUGGACGACUGGAUGCAGCACAUGGAGAAACUGGGGGGACUAACGAGGGAUGCUGGGCCUGCUGGGGAGACCGAGUUCUACUUGCACUACAGUUCAAUGGUCGCCGUGGGCAAGAAGCUGUAGGGGAGAACCGUGAAGCUAAAAAAGUGAUCCUGAGCCCCUGGCAGAACUGAAAAACCUGCGACCCCAUCCCACAGCACGAAACCAUCUUUCUGUAACUUUUUUUUCUACGCAGUCUUGACAAACUUUUUAAUUUUGUAAACAAAUGUGAUGCCAACGGCCUUGCCGCAGUGGUAACACUGGUUCCCCUCAGAUCAUCGAAGACAAGCGCUGUCGGGCUUGGCUAGCACUUGGAUGGGUCACCAUCAUGGUCUGCGAAGUGCUGUUGGAAAGCGGGGUGCACUCAGCCCUUGUGAGGCAAACUAAGGAGCUACUUGGUUGAGAAGUAGCGGCACCCUUUGCGUCCGCAUCGGGUGACGCCGAUGGGCUGAUGACGACACGGCGGCCGUUCGGUUCGGCUUCAGGGUCCGUUCGGAAGGUGUUUGUUUAUAAAUAAAUGUAAUAAAACUGAAGUGUUAUUGAAAAAUGUUACUUAAAUCAACUAUAUUGAUGAAAAUAUUACACAACACAAAGGAACUAUAGCCUUAAACUAGAUAUAUCGCAAAUUGUAUAAAAAUUCCUAAAAAAAUUGAAAUUAAAAUUAAAUCUAUA